UCUUGUAAAACCCCUAGGUGGUGUUAAAAUGCUCCCGUAGCCUAAGAAUUGCGGCUUUCAACCCGACAUAAAAACCCGAAUGUAGGCCACACACAAAACAGUAAGGUUCAGUCAUAUGACUGACUCACAGGAAGAACUUUGGUCGUGAGGUUUAAAGUGGGCAGAGCAUAACAGUCUCACACAACAUGGAUUCCUGCCUGAACUGGGAAAUGUCCUAACUCCUGUGUAUUGAAGGAUAUUCCAUUGAAAGUCGGAGCGCAGCGCAUCAUAAACAUAAUAUUGAAAGGAAGGUAAAACGAACCUUUAUUUAUUUAUUUUUACCACAAACAAAUUUAGCGGCUACACCGUUUUCACGAGGAGGGAUGUUUGUGUUUUACACUUCGUGUCAUUAGUGAGAAUAUACAUCAUGGACACUCUACAGGAGAACGGGCUACAGCACUCACCUGCACUCGAUAUUCCCGGUCGUGAACGUACGGCCAAAGAACACGGAGUACAUGGGACUCCCCUUAACACAAAGGGAAAGCAUGGGACAACUAAAAUAAAUUCACCAGUCAAUAAUGUAACGGCGGAGUCUGGGAACCAACAGAUAGUAUCACUGGUAAACGCACCUGCACUACCCACGACACCACUCGAAUUACCUGGCGUUAUGGACGCAGAGGGGAGAGUCGACGAGUCCAGGCUGCGGAUGCACAUUUUCAAGAAUGGUGGUAUGUCCCCUUCGGGGCGUGGCCAGGUGUGGCGUUUCCUGUUUGGGAUGUACCCCUGCAGCUCCACCUCUCUGGAGCGCCCCCUACUGCAGGAGCAGCUCAACGUCCGCUACCACUCCAUGAAGAGGAAGUGGCAGCAGCUUUUUCCUGCCGCCGUCCGACUGCGUAUAAAUGGCACCGAUGCUGAGUUGGUGGCAGCGGUGCGGUACUUCGAUGUGAGGCAGGACAGGGUCCAGCUGCAGACUCCGAUCCAGAGUGACGAGGUCAAGGAGAGGCUGUCCUUUCUGGAGCUACAGGCCCAGGUGUUGUUUGAGCGGGUGACCUUUGAUCUGGAGGAGCUCCAAGAGGCCAUCCGAAUCAUCGACAAGGACGUGCCUCGGACAGACAGAGACCUACCCUACUACUCGGGUGAAGGCUUGGGCAAUCUGCUGGUGUUGAGGGAUAUUCUCAUCACAUAUGCUGCUUUUCACCCAGAGGUGAGCUAUGCCCAGGGGAUGAAUGACCUUUGUAGCCGAUUCCUGGAGGUGCUGGACUCUGAGGUGGACACCUACUGGAGCUUCUCCUACUACAUGGAGAAGUUCUCCAAGGACUUCCGCGCUGACGGCCUGCACAGGAAGAUAGAGCUGGAGGCAGCACUGCUGAAGGAGUUAGAUCCUCAGCUCCACACCCACCUGAUAACAGAUAGCAUGGAGAGUUUCACCUUCUGUCACAGAUGGCUGCUACUGGGUUUCCAAAGGGAGUUUGAGCACUGUGAUGCCCUGCGUCUCUUUGAGAUCCUGAGUUGUGACCACCUGGAGCUCAUCUCCCAGCAGGUGGACCGCGCCCGCUACCAGGAGAGGAUCGCCCGCAGGCAGAGUAUAGAGGAUAAACCAGUGUCUGAGGCACAGGCCGUCAACACAGAAUUCACCUUUGAACUCUUCAUCUGUGCCACCAUAUUAUUGGACAACAGAGAUGCCCUGCUGAGGUGUAGGAACGAUGUGCAGCUCAUCCAGUUCACCAACAGUUUGCAGGGAACUCUGGACCUGAACCUCACCCUGAAGAAAGCAGAGGAGCAUUUCUACAACUACUGUAAGCGCUCUGCUUGGGACUAUAUGAACGGCCGCUGCAGGACAAGUAAAAACAAGGAGGGACACUUCUUGUUCCAGCUCCGCAGCUUCUUCUCCUGAACCCGGAUCAGUCUUUAACUUAACGUCUUGAACAUUCAGCUACAACCUGUAGUAACUGUGGGGUGGACUCAAAACAAGGGACCUAUUUCCUAAGAUGAGUGUGUUCUAUUUACAUGUCUUGUCCACUAAUGUUGAAGCAUUCAUAUUUCUGUGGGAUCUACCGUGAGUGAUGCUGCUUACUUACCAACAAUUCCAUCAAUUUGGACUGUCUUUGUUGUUGUAUCUGAUUAUGCUAAUUUCUAUCUAUUUAAAACAUAUCUAUUUAUUAUUUCGAAAGGUGUCAAUGAACGGGUAGAAAAGUGUGCAACGCUGAAUUGGUUACAUCACCUGGAGUUUGGCUGUCUUGAUUUCUAUGUUUUUCUUGGUGAGUUUAGAAGAAAGCCCUGUUUACACAAUGAUAUAAUAAUUAGGACUAUGAUGUUUACAUUUACAUUUAAGUCAUUUAGCAGACGCUCUUAUCCAGAGCGACUUACAAAUUGGAUGUGGCCAAAAGGUGUUCUCACCCAAAAGGUGUUCUCACCCUUGAUCUGAGAUUCAACUAUAUAAUGUGAUACUACUGGAAGAAAACAAGUCUUGGAACUGCAUCAAGACCACAUGUAGCAACAGUUUGCAUGUGUUGUGACUCCCUGCUAUUGGUAAACAUAGAAAUAUAAUUACGGGGAUGCCUGUUCUAGUCUAUUUCUAAAGGUAUAAAAUAGGACGCCAGCUGACCUAUGUGUCAUAGUGGACCUGUGUGACAGGAGUAGCUGUUCAUUGGUUCAGUUCUGAGCCAAUACUGUCUGGAAUAUUAAAAUAAAUAUGCAUGUCUGUCACAAUCUUACUUAGUGAAAGUUUGAUGUUAGUUUGUUGGUGAUUUAAAUGUUUUAUUCUGAUCCAGCUAAUUGCCAUUGAAGGAGAUGUCACUUUCAGGUGUCCAGUGCUUUUAGGCAGAUGGUGAACAUGUAAUUCUGAGUAUAAUUGGGUUUGGAGCAAUUAAUUAAAAAAAUGCUUUACAAACGAAGGCUACCAGUGAUGAGGAGGAUUAUUUCCAGAUGUUUCACUGCUUGACAUUUCAGUUCCUCGACCUGCGAGUUAGAGUGAAGAAUAGGUUUCCACAUGUUGGAGGGACAGGCUUGUCAUUGUAUGUACGGACUGUUAUUAUAUAAGGGUUAAAUGUAAUAAACUGUGGGACAUUAAA